AAACGUUCAAAUAAAAAACAGGAAAAGAAAAACAUACUGAGCAGAUUCAACCUUAAUUUUGCAUCGGUUGCAAAACAAAGGUAUAUAGGAACUGCUUGAUGGAAAAAGAAACAAAAAUGAGUUCCGAGGUCCAUGUAGUGAAAGGUACACCUGAGGAUGUAAAGACGGUCGACGUUUCUGUUAAGGAUGUGAAGGGAGAAAUGACCAAGGAAGAUAAAGUAAUUGAGAAAGAAGAGGAGGAUACAACAUUUGAUGGUGGAUUCAUAAAAGUUGAAAAAGAAGGGACUGACACUAAGGAUGGUGAGAAACCAGAGAAGCAAGUUCCUAUUGAAAGAAGCUCAAGCAGUUCACAAAGAGAGCUAUAUGAAUUGCAAGAAAAGGUGAAAGCACUGGAGCUGGAACUUGAGAAGAAUAAAACUUCUGAAACCCGGUCUGAAGAAGAGUUAUUGGCUAUUAAAGAUCUUAAGGGUAAAGUCUUUGAACAGGAAAGCAUUAAUCUAAAGCUAAGGGGAGAACUCAAAAAGAAAGAGAGGGAACUUGAGAAGCAAGCAAGAGAAGUAGAUGAAGCUAACAAAAGAAGCACAGAGAUUAAAGAUUUGCAUAGACACUCAGAUCUCAGCAUUCAGAAGGCGAUGAAGGACCUCAAUAUCAUAGAUACAGAGGCCAAGUCAUUAACUGAGAAAACUAAACAUCUGGAGGCGAGAAUAAGAUUAUAUGAAGACAAGUUGGCUGAAGCAUCUGAAGAUCUUUAUCAAUCAUCCUUGGAGAAUGAUUUACUAUCAGAUACAAACAAUCAACUCAAGAUCAAGAUUCAAGAACUUGAAGGCUCUCUGUAUGCUGAGAAGGAGAGGUUUGAUCAGAGAGACAUAGAAGCUAAAGACUUGGCUACAAAGUUACAGUCCCAUGAAAACCUAAUUGAGGAACAUAAAAAGAAAGUUCAAGAAGUAUCUGAAGUUGCUGAUACUAGAAAAAUGGAUCUUGAAGAGGCUCUACUGAAACUCAAGACUUUUGAAGAUACAAUCAAAGAUCUUGAGAAAGAAAAUGGAUCUUUAGCCGAAGUGAAUCUAAAGCUGAACCAGGAGCUAGCCAAUCAAGGGUCAGAGACCAGUGGUUUUCAAGCAAUGUUAUCUGCUUUAGAAGCUGAGAAAGACCAAACAGCAAAGGAGCUUCAGGCUUCAAAGGCAGCUGUGGAAAAAUUAACAAACAAGCUUACUUCUGAAAGAGAAAAAUUAGGAUCACAGGUUAAAUCCCUUGCAGAAGAGAAUAGCCAAGUCAAUGAGAUAUAUCAGAGCACAAAGAAUGAGCUCAUAAAUAUUCAAGAACAUAUCGGAGUAGAGAAGACUAAAUUGGAUGCUAUGGCAUCAGAAAUCAAGAAACUCACUUCUGUGGCUUCUGAAAAGUCAGUGUUGGAGUCCAAGUUUGAUGAAGUAGAAAAGCAAUUGAAAAACGCUGAAGCUCAGCUGAAAGAAGAGGUGGGAAAAGUUGCAGAACUGACCUCAAAACUGCAUGAGCAUGAACUUAAGGCAAGUGACCAAGAUUCGGUGGACGAGCAAGCAAUGAAGCUUCAUAAAUCAAACUUGCAGGAAACUGAGACUAUGGGGAAAGGAGAAGUAGAAGUUAAGUCUCGAGAUAUUGAUUUCUCUUUUCCAACUCCAAAGCAACGUAAGAGCAAGGAGGAGUCUGAUGCUUCUACUUCUUCUUCAGGAAACGUUACAACAACACAGAAAGCUGAAUCAUCUGAUCUCAUGACAUUGAAGAUUAUUCUCGGAGUGGCUCUUGUGUCUGUCAUUAUAGGUAUCAUCCUUGGAAAAAAGUAUUGAAGAUUCUUACUUGUGUCACUGAUUUUAAAUUUGAAAGAUUUUUUUGUUGUGGGGGGGUUUGGUGUGUUUGAUUGUUUUUAAGCCAAUGGCUCUUGUUUUUGUCAUCCUUUUUAUUAUUUCUGUUUCUGAAAAAAAAUUGUAUCACUUCUGAUCUCAUGACAUUAAAGAUUGUCCUCAGAGUGGCUGUUGUGUCUGUCUUUACUGGUAUCAUUCUUGCUAAAAAGUAUUGAGUUUCUUCAAUGGUGUCAUUGUUUUUUCAUAAAUGUAUGAAAG